AUGCUUGGUAAACCCAGUGCUCAGCGGAAACGUUAUUGGGAUGGACAUACGUAUCUCAACUGCUGCAAAAUGCCAGAUUUGAAUGCCAUGGAGCGACGCGUUGCCACUCAACGGUCAUGGGCAGGGGUCGGCCGCCAUCAAGGAGCGUUUCUUUUCCCUAACGUCCCGUUGCGGCCGCGCUUAAUCUUAACAGCCGGAAAGCUUGAUCGUGAAAGACAGCCGAACUGA